GCGCAGACACAAGUGAGUACUCCCAUUCAUCCAUCCAUUCAUCCAUCCAUUCAUCCUUUCAUCCCGGCUGAGGAGGAUGUCAAACUCGGACAGGCUGGUGCUGGCGCUGGGAGGAGCGGGGACAGUUGGCUCCGGGAUUGUCAAAGCUCUGCUGGACAAAGGGUUUAAAGUGGCAGUCAUCUCCAGAGACAACGGCCGACUGGACAGACUGAGGACGUUCAUCUCCCCAAACACUAAAGACAACCUCUUCACUAUAGUGGGGAAUGUGGGGUCAGAGGACGGAGCGGAGCAGGCCAAGAAGGAGCUGCUGGAGUCAGUGGGGAAGGUGACGGACGUGGUUUCAUCUCUGGGCUUCAGCUGGUGGCAGGGAGGACCUCCACACAGCCAGACCCUCAAAGACCUGCACUGGGUGAUUGACACGUUACUUUACAGCACGUUUGUGUCGUGGAAGGCUUUUUUCCCUCUGGUGCGCGACGACUCCAGCUGCACGUACACCUUCAUCACAGGAGGAGCAGAAAAGCUGCUGAUGCCUGGAACAGGUUUCCUCACAGUGGGAGCAGCCAGUGCUCUGUCCUUCUGUCAGAUCCUGAGAGAAGAAUAUCCUGAACUGCCCUGUAAACUCAACCAGGUGAAGAUCAACGCAGGUGUGGCUGCUCCCGAUCGCAUGGCGCCUGGUUACCUGGACCACCUGGACCUGGGCGUGGCCGUCGCCAGCCUCGUGGAAAAGCCAAACUCCUCCCACUCCGUCUUCACCGUCAGCUGUCCCGCAGACUUAAAGACCGUGCUGCUGGACAGAAAACUGUAGACGUGGAAACUCGUCGUCCACCGACGCGACGCUGACGUCCCAGCAACACAUUUAUGCUUCUCACUGAUGAUGAAAUGUUUACGUGGUUGUUUCCUCUUUAACUUUAAUCUGUGUAUAUAUACUGUAUGUAUAUAUACAGAUAUAUGUAUGUAUGUAUGUACAUGUAUAUAUAGAACACCUGCUCAUUGCUUCUACAUAAAUAUCUUCUUUCUCUGGACGUCAUGAAACCUAAUUUCUCUGGAUUUGCUGAUUAAACCUGAAACUAAACUAAA